AUGGAAGGAGUACGCUGCCGGACUGCCCCGGUGCCUGGCGGUGGAGAACGUCAUUGAGCUGGACUGUAACACCAUGUACUCCUUCACCAAGAGCACCAACUUCCUGCUGCGUGGAGGGAAUGCGCAGGUGGAGCUGCGGCUGAAGGGUUUCCUGAGCUGCACCAACUCCUGGGCGAAGCUGGACGACAUCAACAAGGUUUUCUGCUUCAACAAGACCCCGAUCACAGAGUACGUGCGGGUGCACUGGCGAGAGGACACGUUCUUCGGGUACCAGUUCCUGAACGGGGUCCACCCGAUGGUGAUCCGGCGCUGCACAGAGCUCCCCUGCAACUUCCCUGUCACACCGGCCAUGGUGGCCUCCUCCCUGGGGGAGAGCACCAGCCUGCAGGACGAGCUGGAGAAGGGGAACAUCUUCCUCGCUGACUAUAAAAUCCUGGAGGGCGUCCCGGCCAACACGAUCAACGGCUACCAGCAGUACAUCGCCGCGCCCCUCUGCCUGCUGCACCUGCAGCCCUCCGGGGAGCUCAUCCCCGUGGCCAUCCAGCUCAGCCAAUGCCCAGGCCCCGAUAGCCCCAUCUUCCUGCCCAGCGAUUCCGAGUGGGACUGGAUCCUGGCCAAGACCUGGGUGCGCUACGCCGAGUUCCUGGUGCACGAGGCCGUCAGCCACCUGCUGCUCACCCACCUGAUCGACGAGGCCUUCACCCUGGCCACCCUGCGCCAGCUGCCCAUGUGCCACCCGCUCUUCAAGCUGCUGCUGCCCCACACCCGCUACACGCUGCACAUCAAUGUCAUGGCCAGGACCCUGCUACUCAGACGUGGAGGGAACAUUGAAAGGGCCAUGGGCUCGGGGCUCGAGGGGACCAAGGUGCUGAUGGCCAAGGGCAUGUCCUGCCUGACCUACACCUCCCUCUGCUUCCCUGAUGACAUCCAAGAGCGUGGGGUUGACAGCAUCCCCAAUUACUACUACAGGGAUGAUGGGCUGAAGAUCUGGUCGGCCAUUGAGAGCUUCGUCUCCGGCAUCGUCAGACACCAUUACCGCAGCGACGCCCACGUCCUGGCCGACUGCGAGCUGCAGGCCUGGGCAGACGAGAUCUUUCGUGAAGGCUUCCUGGGGAACGAGGCAUCUGGCUUCCCCUCGUCCCUGCAGAGCAUCCCCGAGCUCAUCAAGUACCUGACCAUGUGGAUCUACUGCUGCUCGGCCCGGCACGCCGCCCUCAACAAAGGGCAGGUAGGGAGAG